CCCCGCGGUGGUGGGCGAGAGGCUGCCUGCAGGGAAUGAUCACGGGAGAAAUUGCCAUCUCUGCGAAAAAGUACUCAAGGAGCGCGGGAGAGCUCGGCGUCCGGAAAUACUUCCGUUGAGGGGGUGCCACCAAGACUCAUCCCACAGCUCUGCAGUCACCCCUUGCCGAGUGGGGAGGACACCUCCGGCCGCCGCGGCGGAAGUGGGACUCCCGGGGGACGCCGGCCCGCCGCCCAGGCCGCCUCCACCAUGUCCAAGGUUUCCUUUAAGAUCACGCUGACGUCUGACCCGCGGCUGCCGUACAAAGUCCUCAGCGUUCCCGAAAGUACACCUUUCACAGCAGUCUUAAAGUUUGCAGCAGAAGAAUUUAAAGUUCCUGCAGCCACAAGUGCUAUUAUUACCAAUGAUGGAAUAGGAAUAAAUCCUGCACAGACUGCUGGAAAUGUUUUUCUAAAGCAUGGUUCAGAACUACGAAUUAUUCCUAGAGAUCGUGUUGGAAGCUGUUAAUAUCCUCUACUUAAAGAUAAAGUUGUGAAUACCCUCUGCUUUCAAAGUAAAUAUUGGUAUUGCUGUUGUAAAACUGAAAUCGGGCAUUUAAAAUAUUAUGAUAUACCAACAGUUGAUGAAAUAGUGAAAGGUGACUCCGUGUCCCUCCUUGUUAUGCUUAUGCAUUGAGGGUACCAGUGUUACAGAAGAUCUUAGUCUUUCAUUGCUACCCCACAGCACACACAGCUAGUUAGUUCAUCUGGGGUAAAUGGUUUAUCCAACUGUGUUUUAUUACUGAAGGAUGCUUCUGAUCAUUCUUUCUGAGAACAUUUGGAAGAUUAAAUUUACUGAAUCUAUCUAUUUGUCUCUAAGUUAAAAUUUUGAAAGGAUUAUGGAUCAUACUUGGCAGGUUACCGGACAGGAUUUGACUUGCCAACUUAAAAAGAGUUGAAUUCUUAAUUAUAUACUGUUUAUGAUAAAGGAUAUAAACAUGUCAAUGAAAACUGUCUUAACUUUGUACGUUUAGGUAUUUUUAAAGUUCAAGCUUCAUGUGUUCAUAUAAACUUUAAUAUUAGAAAGCCAAAAAUUGGAUUUAUGUAGCCCCUAUGUGUAAAAUUGAUAUCCCUCAUCAAAGAGUUUUAGCUAUGUUCUUGCAGAAUCCAGUACUUGUAAUGGUAAGAAUUGAAAAUAAAGUAGAAUCAUCCUUUGCUGAAUGAAUGAAUGAAUAAAUAAAUAAAUAAAGUCA